AUGGAUAAGUUUUUGAAUUCUAGUAGAAAACGUGAUAAUCCAGAAGUAAUUUCAAAUAUUGAAAAGAAACAAAAAAUCAGAAAAUAUGAUGAUAGUUAUUUGAAUUUCGGAUUUACUAGCACUGUUGUUGCAAACGUAGAACAUCCCCAGUGUGUUGUUUGUUUGAAAGUAAUGGCUGUAGAAAGUAUGCUUCCAAAUAAAAUGAAACGCCAUUUGGAGACAGUUCAUGGAAAUUUGGUGAACAAACCACGUGAUUAUUUCGUAUCAAAAUUAAAAGCUAUGGCUCAACAAAAACAUAGUUUUACAAAACAAGCUACAAUUCCUUCUAAAGCACUACUUUCUUCCUAUAAAGUAGCUUGGCGAAUAGCAAAGAGUAAAAAACCUCAUACUAUCGCAGAAAAUCUAAUUUUACCAGCCGCUAUGGAUAUGGUGUCUAUUAUGAUUGGGGAUGCUGCUGCUAAACAACUUCAAAAUGUGCCAUUAUCAGAUAAUACUAUUAGUCGUAGAAUACAAGAUAUGGCUGAAGACAUCAAUGAUCAAUUAAUUGAAAAACUAAUAGGAAAUGACUUCGCCAUUCAACUGGAUGAAGCAACUGACAGCCAUAAUGAUGCCCAUCUUAUUUGUUAUGUAAGGUUCGUAGUAAAUGACGUGUUUCAUGAAGAUUUACUUUUUUGUAAAACUAUUGUUGGUGAAACAAAAGCAGCAGAUUUAUUUAAUAUAUUAGAUUCUUUCAUAAUUGAAAACAACAUUGUUUGGGACAGAUGUUUUGGUGUUUGCACCGAUGGAGCUCGCUCUAUGGCAGGUUGUUAUAAUGGUUUACAAGCACUCGUUAAAAAAAAAGCCCCUAACGCUGUAUGGACGCACUGUAUUAUUCACAGAGAAGCUCUCGCUUCAAAAAUUAUUAGUCCAAGUCUUAAUGAAGUCUUGCUGUCUGUUAUUGAAAUAGUUAAUUUCAUCAAAACUCGACCUAUAAAGUCCCGGUGUUUUAAAAAAAUGUGUGAAGACAUGGGAGCUGAGCAUACCUCACUUUUGUAUUAUUGCAACUCCCGUUGGCUUUCACGAGGAAACGUGUUGAAAAGAUUAACUGAAAAAAUUACUUCUUUUAAAAGAAAAUUAGUCUUGUGGAAGAAUAAAAUCGAGGACGAUCAACAACGAAAUUGGAUUAAAGAUCCUUUUACUACUGAUCUACCGUCAGAAUUAACAAUUACUGAACAAGAACAACUGAUAGACUUGUACUCAGAUUCAGUAUCAAAAUCCAAAUUUGUAUCAUUAUCUUUACCAGAAUUUUGGAUAGCUAUGAAGAAGCAAUAUCCGAUCGUAGCCAAUAAGGCUAUCAGGACUUUAAUUCCAUUUGCUUCUUCAUACUUAUGUGAAACGGGUUUUUCGGCCUUAGCAGUUAUCAAAAGUAAAUACAGAGGAAAACUAAAUACCGAAAAGGAAAUGAGAAUCGCACUAUCAAAAUUUACCCCACGAUUUGAUGAUUUAAUGCAACAAAAACAAGCACAGCCGUCCCAUUAA